AUGAAGCUUCCUCUUUACCUCGUCGCCUUCGCCCACUUGCUUUGCGCCGAGGCCGCAGCACAGCGCCACGGCGUGGCAGCCCGCGGGGAGGAGGAGGAGGAGGAGGAGAAGGGGGUCCGCUCAGGGCGCGGGACGUGCCGGCUCUACUGCAGGGUGGGCAUCGGCUUCCACCUCCAGAUCCAUCCCGACGGCAGAGUCAACGGCAGCCAUGAGCCCGACCACCUCAGUGUCUUGGAGCUCUUUGCCGUGUCCCAGGGGGUCAUCGGCAUACGAGGGGUCUACAGCAACCGAUUCCUGGCCAUGAACAAGAGAGGACGCCUCCACGCCACGGAGCUGUUCACAGAUGACUGUAAGUUCCGGGAGCGCUUCCAGGAGAACAGCUACAACACGUACGCCUCAGUGGUCCACAGGAACCACAGGACUGGCCGAGACUGGUUCGUGGCGCUCAACAAGCGAGGCAAAGCUAAAAUGGGCUCCAGCCCAAGGGUCAAACCCCAGCACGUCUCGACUCACUUCUUGCCCAGGGUCGGCCCGCGCAACCGCAGCCAGCGUGGCUUCACCAUCACGGACAGGAGCAAAGAGCGGCAGGAAUCGCCGCCGAUGCCCAAACCACCGCCGGAGAAAACUAACAUCCGUGUGGCAACACGGCCGAGACAAGUCAAGUACUGGCCCAAGUAUCGCUUUGGAUAGGUGACGCAGCGUCUUUACAAGCAUCAACUUCCAAGCAUUCCGAUCAUCUACAACUUCGGAGUCACGACUCAAAGGUUUAAAGGAAGGAAUUCCGUUGGAUUGUUUUUAUUUGUCUAUGCUCGCAGCUAGCUUGAUGACUGGAACACAACCUGUUAACGUGCCAUUUUUUGGGCCGUCUGGUCUCCACAAAUUAGUUGUGGGUCUCGGAAACGAUGCUCCCAAUUGCGUCCAAGCGCUAAUCCUGCUAAUCCCGAGCAAUCACGAAAACCCAAACGUUAGCUGUUUAAGCUAACAGUCUGGUGAGUUACCAUGACAUAACUUCCUUUUUCCAGUUCGAGACGAAAACACCCGUGUGUUUUAUCACUGGUCCGUCACAAAGCCAAACUCUUUGGUAGCAUGUGGCUUAUGCUAGCAUUAGCACUGUGUAGCAUCCAAGACAGGUGUGUCCAAAGGGCAGCUGUUUUUUUAUUGGCCCCCAGCACAUUCUAAAAAUGUGAUUUCAUGAGAAAACAAAAAAAAUAACAACAGAAACGGAAAAAUCAUCAAUAAUUCGAAUAAAAUAAAAAUAUUAUGCAAAAAAAAUAUAUUUUACGGGAAUAAUGUCAUAAUAUUCCGAGGAAAAAUAACACCAUUUUAUGAACAUAAAGUUGAAAUAGUAAAGAAAAAAGACUUUGUUUAAAGUUAUAAUAUCAUGAGAAACAAUCAAAACCAAAUAAAGUUGUAAUUUUUGAAAAAUUGGGUGUAGAAAAAGUUAAUAUGGGAAUAAAAUCAUAUUACAACAAGAACAUUUGUAAAAAUUACUUAAGAAGAAAGUUAAAAUAUUUGGAAAAUGUAAAAAAAAAAAAGGCAAAAGUUAGAAUACAUGAAUUAAAAAAUGGUAUGGGAAUAAAGUCAUAAUAUGACAAGAACAUAAUAACAAAAAAACAGCAGAAAUAGAAAAAAGGGCUGUAAUUUCUACGAGAAUAACGUGAAAAUAUUAAGAGAAAAACAAGAAAAAGUCUUAAUUUUAGGAGAAUAAACUUGUAACAUUAUGAGGCAAAAAUAAUGUCAUUUUAGUAGCAGAGAGUUGAAAUAUUAAAGAAAAAGAAAAAAUGUAAUUCAUAAUAUUAUGAGAAAAAAAACAAAAUAAAGUCCAAAUUUUAUAAUUAUAACAAGAAAAUUUAAAAAAACAGCAAGAAUGGAAAAAUCUGCAGUAAUUUUACAAGAAUACAGUCAAAAUAUGAACAGAAAAAAGUUGUUAUCUGCCGAGAAAAGGUUAUAAUUUUACGAGAAUAAUCUUGUAAGAUGACAAGGAAAAAUAACAUCAUUUUAGUAGAAAGAAGAAAAUGUCUUUUUUUUUAAAGUUGGAAUAUCAUGAGAAACAAACCAAAACACAAUAAAGUUGUACUUUUGGAAAAAUUGGGUGGAAAAAAGUUAAUCUGGAAAUAAAGUCAUAUUACAACAAAGACAUUUAUGAAAAUUAUUUAAGAAGA